AUGAAUCGCCUUAAUUACGAUUACCUCUCAUCCACGCAUGGCACCCAGCAGGUACCUCGAGCCCUGGCUACGCAAAGCCCUUCAGAAGUGUUCCCUAUGUCUGUUUACAGUGGGCAGAAUAUGAUGCUCGAGGAUGAUACUGAGUCAACUGGCGCAUUUGCCGAGACAGUUCGUGAAAUUGAAGAAGAGUUCUACCGCACGUUCCCCGCUGCCAGGUUACCCCCGAUGGUGCCACUGUCAUGCGAGUGGUUCUACGACCGUACGACUGGCCAGUAUCUCCCGCGAGUCGCAAGGGAAAUCAAGGAUAGCGACUACCCCCCAUGUUUCUCGGAGGAUGACUCUACCGUUCUCGUUCUUUCUCAUACCCAACGUGAAACUAAUGAUAGCAGCCUGACGAAGGCGACGUAUUCUUACGACACUCAGCCCAACAGAGGCGCUCCAGUCCACGAGUCCAUUUGCGCCUCUCCCGCAGUGGCGGCGGUUCCGCCCCACCUUGUUGUCGAUUCGCCAAUGACACCCGUAUAUACUGAGCAUGGUAUAGCGAUGAAAGUCGCUGGCGGCCAUUGGAAAUAUCACCGGUACGAGACUUGUGUAGACUCGAGUACCCCAUCGGACCACGGAGAAGCACACCCCGAGUGGUCGCAAUAUGAACACGGCUCUGGUAGUCCCAGUCGCUCUCGGAGAUCGCCAUCCCCACGACUCGAGACAUACCCCGCUUCUUCGUAUUCCCUCGAGCCUGAGAUGUCCCCAGCUCCCUUAAGCCCGCUGUUAGACGAGAAGCCACCCGAGAAGAAACCCCCGUUGGCCUGCCUCUUCUGCCGAGGUAGAAAGAUCGCCUGUGGGCCGCCUUUGCCCGGGAGCAAGGAUCGCACGUGCAAUCAGUGCCAACGACGUUCGCUGCAAUGCGAAUACCCAUUGGAAAGCCGCCGUGGUAUGAGGAAGAAGAAGGUACCCGUUGCGACAGAACCGCCGAAAGAGGCAGUUCCUGACUCAAAAAGCAACCCCGUCCCUUCCGUACUGGGACCCCCCGCCCCCAUUGAUCAGAAACCCACUCUCAAUGAUGUUUCCCAUCGACCUUCCGAACCAGACGUUUCGCAACAGAAGCACCCAGGUACUCACCCCAGCUCAAGUGACGGAGUUCCCAUCGAAACAGAGUAG